UGAUAUCUCAGAGAGAAAGCGAGAGAGAGAGAGAGAGGUCUGCCAGGUUUAAUCGGUUAGAAGAAAGAUGUCCGAGUCAGUUGAAUCUCAGAGCAUCAUCAACGCAGUCGCCAACUUAGCCGUCCUGAACAACCCAUAUGCUAAUGAGCACACGAAUCAAGAACGCAGCGCACCACCUGCGGCAGCUGAGCCCGCCGAAUCACUAGCCAGCUCACGACACGAGUUCGGCGAGCACGGCGGCGUCAACAUGUCCAUCGAAGCUUCCGCAACUUUCACCGUCAUGGAUCCCGACACGCUUCGCAAAAUAUUCACCGGCGAGCUCGGCCCCGACCGCGACUUCUACCUCUACAGCCGCCACUUCAACCCCACCGUCCUCAACCUGAGCCGCCAGAUCGCCGCCAUGGAGGGCACCGAAGCCGCCUACUGCACAGCCUCCGGCAUGUCCGCCGUCUUCUGUGCUUUGCUCCAGCUUUGUCCUGCCGGAUCCCACAUCGUCGCUUCGCGGUGCCUUUAUGGUGGGACCUACGCGCUGCUGUCAAAAUUCCUGCCUCGUACGGCGGCCGUGAAGACGACGUUUGUGGAUGCGAGGGAUUUGGAGGCGGUAGGAGGGGCGGUGCGGGACGGGGAGACGCGGGUGAUAUAUGUGGAGACGAUGUCGAACCCGACGUUGGAAGUGGCGGAUAUAGCGGGGUUGAGUGCGGUGGCGAGGGAGAAGGGUGUGAUGCUGGUGGUGGAUAAUACGUUUGCGCCUAUGGUUGUAUCGCCGGCGCGGCUUGGAGCUGAUGUUGUGUUGCAUAGUGUUUCCAAGUUUAUCAGCGGGGGAGCUGAUAUUAUUGCAGGCGCAAUCUGCGGGCCAGCUUCUCUCAUAAACUCAAUGAUGGACCUCCAUGGCGGAAUUCUAAUGAUGCUAGGCCCAACAAUGAACGCAAAAGUAGCCUUCGAACUAUCCGAGCGCCUCCCCCACCUUGCCCUCCGCAUGAAAGAGCACUGCGCGCGUGCAAUGCUCUACGCGUCACGAAUGGAGCAGCUGGGCCUCAAAGUCAUCUACCCAGGCCUAGCCACUCACCCUCACCACCACCUCCUCCGCUCCCUCGCCAAUCCCGGCUACGGCUUCGGCGGCAUGCUCUGCCUCGACAUGGGCGACGAAGAGCGCGCCAACCGCUUGCUUUACCAUUUGCAGAACACCACUCAGUUCGGCCUUAUCGCCGUCUCUCUCGGCUACUACGAAACCCUAAUGUCAUGCUCUGGAAGCAGCACGGCGAGUAAGCUCAGUGAGGAGGAGAAGCAUUUCGCCGGAAUCUCUCCUGGUCUUGUGCGGAUGUCGGUGGGGUAUAGUGGGUCGGUGGAGCAGCGGUGGGCGCAGUUUGAGAAGGCACUCGCUGCUUGCGCCAAGGAUGAUGCGGCAACCAAUUGAUGUUAGGGAGGAAAAAAUUAUCUGAAAAGUUUGCAUUAGGUUGGCUAGGGCUUUGCUUGAGAUGGCUUUUUUAUUU